UCAAGAUGGCUGAUAUUGGAUUACUAACCUAAUCGAGAUCACCGAUGCCGCUGAACUAGGAAACACUGCUCUGGAACAGCAUCUGAAAUUCGGCGAUGUCACGCCUAGCUGACUACUUUGUAGUAGUCGGCUAUGAUGAACAUGAAAAAGAUCGUUGUGGAAACAGAUGUGGCAAAGUGUUGCAGAGAUUUCCAGAAGUGAACUGGGAUGACAGGCCUUUUAUGGAGGGCCUCCCUUUGUUCUGUCAGCCAAUGGGAUGGUCUCUAUCUACAAAGCGCCAGCCACCAUCGUUCUAUGUGGCAGUACUGACUGACAUGGAUGGUGAACGUCACUACUGCGCUGUCUUCAAGUUCCACGAGAUGGUUUCCAUGACACCCAGCAAGCCAGAUGAUGAGGAGGAUGAACAAGAAGGGACAAUUGUCCACCAUUCCUCCAUGUUUGCUCCCAAAGCAUUUAUUCUAGUUUCAAGCCAUGAUUAUUUUGAAGCUUUUAGGAAUUGCCUUGGAAUUAUAUAUACAGUACAUUUGGAAAACAUGGCAGUGAAAAUUGAAACACUAGUAGGCAACAUUCUAGGCUGUGUGCAAGUUCCCCCUCCAGGUGGCCCUCAGGUGAGGUUCUCUAUAGGUGCAGGUGACAGACAAGCUUUACAACCCCCUCUGUGUCCCACAUUGCCUGUCAGUAACACAUCAGUGGCUAUGCUAUUCGAACAACUUGGCAUCAACAACACCCUGACUGUGUUCUGUGCUGCGCUGACAGACCACAAGAUCCUUUUCUACUCUGAAAGUUGCUCACGUCUCUGUGAAGCUAGCAGAGCCCUGCUCACACUUCACUACCCUCUCAAGUACAUAUAUGUGUUCAUCCCAGUUUUACCCACAGCAUUUUUAGAUGUGCUCAACUCUCCCACACCAUUUGUUGCUGGAGUCCACGCCACACUCAAAGAUGAUAUCGCUGACCUGAUGAGUAAAAGAUCUGAGUUGUUAGAUGUGAUCAUUGUAGAUUUAGAUGGAGGCAGCGUCCGCAUUCCAGAGUGUGUCAGUGUACCAUCACUCCCUGAGGACAUCCUUGUUGGCGCAAAACAAGCCUUAAAUUUGAUCCUGAAUCCUGAGUUGAUUUCUGCUGACUAUGCAUUCUCUCCCUCCCCUAAAAAAUGUUCACCUUUGGUGCAGAAGGACAAAGAGUUGCGGGCUGUGUUCAUUCGACUGUUUGCUGAACUUUUUUCUGGGUAUCGCUCCAGCCUCGCUGUUGUCAGGAUACACCCCACACCAUUCAUCACCUUCCACAAGUCCCAUUUCCUGGGUCAGCGUGGCAUGGUGGAGGAGGAGUUUCUUGGCAAGGUGAUCAAUGGGAUGGCCUUCAACAGCUUUGUGUCUGAACGAGGCCCUCCCUACAGGGUCUGUGACAUCUUUGAUGAGGUUGUUGCCAGCAUACAAGACCAGCUACAGGAGGAACACAACGACCCACAGAGGAUGAUGGAGAACAUCAAGGAACUGGCUCAUCACAUUUUCAUCAAUGAAUGUCCAAACCAACAAGCUUACGUGCCAAAAGUGCCAAAGCCAGCAGAAGGAGCUUAUGCAAGAAUCCACCAGCCUCCAUUUCCCCAUCUAGAUGGCAAGCUUAUACAGAGUAUCAUAGACGAGGGUUUGGAGAGCAAUAACCACAAGAAACUGAGUAAUGUGCGCUCCCUGCAGACAAGGAUUGUGCCCAUGGGAUCUACUAGCAGCAGACAACAGAGAACUUUAGAGAACAACGCCAGGAGGCUGGAGGUCCUCAAGAACUGUGUCAACUUUAUUUUUGAGAACAAAAUCUCGGAUGCUAAAAUUAUUUUUCCAGCAGUUUUGAGGGCCUUGAAGUCAAAAGCUGCCAGGCUGGCUCUGGUCCAAGAACUGGGGGAUCACGUGCGCAGCAACCGAGCUAUGCUAGAACAUCAGCAGUUUGACCUGGUGGUCAAGCUGCUCAACUGUGCCCUGUCUAAUGAAUCAAGUUUGGAUGAAAAUGGUAUUGCAGCUGCCAUCUUGCCAUUAGCAACAGCUUUUUGUAGAAAACUGUGUACUGGGGUCCUACAGUUUGCCUACACCCUGACCCAAGAGCAUGCUGUGUGGAGCAGCCUACAGUUCUGGGAACAGUCUUUCUACCAGGACGUCCAGCAUCAGAUCAGACAGUUGUACCUGCCACAGUAUGAAGAACACAUGCUGCUGAUGACCAAGUCUACUGACAGCAGUGAUGACCAGUUCAAGGACAGCUUUGACCAGACACUCAAGCCAAGGCGCAUUGGACCAUUGGAGAUUACAGCAGAGCAGAUGAGGGUGUGGCCCACCAAGAGCACAGAACAACAGCAAGAGAUGAUCAACAAUGAAGAGUCCACAGUGUACAGCCAGGCCAUCCACUUUGCCUACCGCAUGGUGUACCUGAGGGUGCCACUGGACGCCUCCCGGACCAUGAAGACCAUGGCCAUAGAGGAGAACAGCAGCACUGUCACACCCAGUGUUGCUGAGAGUGACAGCCUUGAUGCUGAAAGUGGGUUUGAUGAAACUGAACAAACUGAUGUUGCUGCCGUGGUGACCAAAUUUGUUUCACGCUUUGUCGACAAAGUUUGCAGUGAUGGUGGGGUCACACAAGAACAUAUUAAAGCCCUUCAUCAGAUGAUUCCAGGGGUUGUUGCCAUGCAUAUAGAAACCUUGGAGGCUGUGAAUAGAGAAAGUAAACGUCUGCCCCCAAUACAGAAGCCUAAGAUCCUGACCCCAGCCCUGCUGCCAUGUGAAGAAAUUGUCAUGGAAGGUCUGAGGGUUUACUUGCUGCCUGAUGGUAGGGAGGAGGGAACUGGGGGCAACAUGGGGGGCCCCAGUUUGUUGCCCGCUGAAGGGGCUGUCUUCCUCACCACCUACCGCAUCAUCUUCAAAGGUUUGCCUUGUGAUCCACUAGCCUGUGAAACCCCUGUGGUCCGAAGCUUCCCCGUCUCAUCUCUGACCAAGGAGAAAAGGAUCAGUGUGCAGCUGUACCUGGCCCACCUGGACCAAGGCUUUCAAGAAGGUCUCCAGCUCAGGUCAACUGUUUUCCAGCUGAUGAGGAUAGCAUUUGAUGAGGAAGUUGGUACAGACAACAUUGAGACUUUCCGCAAGCUUGUCAACAAAGUUCGUAACCCACCAACUGUCUUCCAAACUUUUGCUUUCACUGGCCAUUCAGUACAUGCUUCAGCACAGAUGCAAAAAGGGAAAGAAAAGAAUGCCUCUCUCAGGCAGUUUGCUAAACGCACACUUCUAAAGACAGCCAGGAAGGCUGGGCUCAAGAAACAGUCUCGCAGCAAACCCAAGUUAAACCUGACCAGCCCUCCCUCGGCUCGCAAGCCCCCUGCUGGACAGCACUCCCCUCAUUCAUCCGACAGCGAAUCUGAGACGGCUAGCAGUGUGCAGUAUGAUGACCUCUCAGUGAUAGAUGAGAAUGAGUUCCUCCAGUCCUACUCCAGUGACCCCAGGAACACAGAGCGUCUGAUGGAGCGCCACGUGUACCAGGACUACCAGAGGCUGGGGCUGGGAAGUGUGGCCACAUCUGGUCAGCGAGGUGGACGCUCCGAGCCUUUUAGAGUCUCCACAGUCAAUGCUAAUUAUUUAUUGACUAGAAGCUAUCCAGGUCUUCUAGUUGUUCCCCAGUCUGUAUCAGACGAAAGUAUACGUAAAUUCUCUAGGUGCAAUAGACAAUCAAGGUUUCCUGUUAUAACAUGGCGACACCCCCGGACACGAGCCCUGCUACUGCGUGCCAGUGGGUUUCACUCCAGGGGGCUGAUGGGAAUGUUGCGGCACAGCAGCAACAACAGUACAUCUACUGGAGGUGAGGCGUCCUCCAGCCUGGAACAAGAGAAAUACUUCAUGCUACUGGUGGCAGCCACACCCAGCAGCAACAAGAACAACCCCAUCCUCACAGCCAGCAGCGACUCACUCACCUCGCUUGACUCCCUCAUCAUGGGGGUCGGGGCAGACCCACUCGUCAUUCCAUCAACACCUGAGGUACCACGGCAUGGGGGACGGGGGGAUGUGGUGGACAAGAGAGUCAGCGCCCCACCCACUGCCACCUCACUACAGGCCAAGAGACAGAAUGCAUUUUUGACCCUGCCUAGACGUGGCCACAGAUCAUGGCAAUCUGUCAACCGCAUUGGAAGUCUGCGAGACAGAUCACCCAACAUGGCCCCACGGUCAGCCAGAACACUGACCCCACAGAGUCAGGGGGACCUCAUUAACUCCAGCAUCAGGAGACUUAACCACGUCUCACUCUACAUCCUGGGAGAGAAGGCCCAGAUGAAAAACAUCAAGGCAGAAUCAUUUCCCAAGUGUGACUUUAUCCCUGUGGACUUCUACGAGGUGCGUCAGGUGAAGGCCAGUUUUAAAAAGUUGAUGCGGGCAUGUGUACCCAGUACAGCGCCAAGUCCAGACCACAAUUUCUUCAAGUCUGUGGAGGACUCGGAGUGGCUGCUACAGCUUCAGAGUAUCCUGCAGUUAUCCGGAGCUGUGGUGGAUCUACUGGAUGUUCAAGGAUCAUCUGUGAUGAUUUGUUUGGAAGAUGGCUGGGACAUCACAACUCAGGUUGUGUCUGUAGCCCAGGUCAUGAUGGACCCCUACUACCGCACCAUUGAAGGAUUUAAAACCCUGAUAGAGAAAGAAUGGCUUGGCUUUGGUCAUCGUUUCAGCCAUCGCAACAACCAGACAGCAGCCACGCAGACCAGCGGAUUUGCUCCAGUUUUCUUACAGUUUCUUGACGUGGUCCAUCAGAUCCACCAGCAGUUCCCCCUGUCCUUUGAGUUCUCCCACUAUUUCCUCAAGUACCUGGCCUACCACUGUGUUAGCAACAGGUUCAGGACCUUCAUGCUGGACUCUGAGUUGGAGCGUGUUGACUCGGGCUGGUUGAUGGAGGAUGUGCGCUCCAGUCUCAACUCUGACCCUAAGAAUGAUGAAAUAUCUGAGCAUCACAUUAGAUCUCUGACCAUCAGCAUGACAGAUAAUAAACAAAGCUUGUCAGACAGCAAGCACCAUCAGACCUAUGGAGCAUCACUGUGGGACCACAUUGACAAACUCAACAAGCAAACUCCCAUCUUUUUUAACUUCGCUUAUGCUAUGGAGGACCAGGACCCGAUCCUGCGGCCCUACUCCAACGUUUCAAACCUGAAAAUAUGGGAUUUUUACAUUACGGAAGAUCUCCAUCGUGGGGUUCCUUAUGACCUUGACAUUGAUGAGACUGAAGCAGCAGGGGAUGACCUUGAAGCAGAGGCCAUGGGUAUCACUAGGAGGAGGGUGAUCAAUGGCUGCUACCACAGUGUCAUCCUGCAUGAGCCAGAUUUCUUUUGGUCCAAAAUACAGGAAAUCCAUCGGCUCGAGUCAGAUCUGGGGCUCAAGCCGUCCCUGUGGCGAGCCAUUUUUGACAGGCUGGAGUGUCCUGGCAGAGAUCAGUUCCACCGGCAGGUUUCAAUGAACACCCAGAUUGUGCGCUCCCAUGGUCGGUCUAUCCACAAGAGAUCCACACUAGAGAUCCUACUGCGGGGCAAGAUCCUGGGGGAGAACACGCGCUUGUUCUCCCAGCCCCACAGGUUUGAGAAACACACGUACACCACAUCCACCUUCUGUGACUACUGUUCUCAGAUGCUGUGGGGCUUCUCCAAGACAGGUUUAAAAUGUUGUGACUGUGGCUACAACUGUCAUGACAAGUGUCAGGCCCACGUGCCCAAGAACUGUCAGAAACUGAAGGCCAUGGGAGAAGCUGGUCUCUCCAGUCCACACCUACAGGGCAAUGGAGGGGCCUCAUCAACCUCAAACAGUCAGGCUCCUACAUCAAACUAUGACCACUGUUCUGCACCUCAAGACGAGCAUAGAACAUUUGAGGGGAUGCUGCGCAAACAAGGAGCCUUUUUCAAACAGUGGAAACCUCGCUGGUUUGUUUUAGACUCCAUGAAGCAUCAGCUGAGGUACUACGACACAGUUGAAGACACUAACAGCAAAGGUUUCAUAGACCUGGCUGAAGUAGAAUCUGUCACGCUGAUGAAGUUUGUCACAGGAGCACCCAAAAGGGCUGAGGAGAAUUCUUUUAUUGAGAUCCGCACAGUGAGGCGAGUCUACAACUUUAUGGCAGACAACUCCAAAUCAGCUAUAGACUGGGUGGACAAACUGCAAGGCUGUAUACAGAGGGAAUGAGACACAAGGCUGUAUACAGAGGGAAUGAGACACAAGGCUGUAUACAGAGGGAAUGAGACACAAGGCUUUAUACAGAGGGAAUGAGACACAAGGCUGUAUACAGAGGGAAUGAGACACAAGGCUGUAUACAGAGGGAAUGAGACACAAGGCUGUAUACAGAGGGAAUGAGACACAAGGCUGUAUACAGAGGGAAUGAGACACAGGGCUGUAUACAGAGGGAAAGAGACUGCAGCUAUUAAUAUCAACUGACCACAUGUUGCUUGACUCUAAAGCUGACCAAUCCAAUGAUGGAAUGCUACAGACGAGUGUUGUCAGGUUUGACCACUGUCACCAUGUCAGUGUGGCUACUGAUGGAGCAGUCAAAUGCCAUGUGGUCAGCAAUGAAACAAUGAGUGGACAUUUGCUAAAUGUGUCCAGUUUUUGCCCAGCUAGAGUGGACCCUCUCACCUAUGCAGAAGGUAUCAAUAUUUGAUACUGUUUUAAUGACACAUCAAGUACACCCCAUGACCAGUGACCACUAGAUAUAUAUAGGCUAAUGCUUUGUAUAUAAAGCUCAGUGUACAUGUUAGAAAUACUCAAUUCUAUUUUUUGUAUGUGCUGAUCUAGCAACUGAAAUAAUUCUUUUGGCCAUCUCAUGGUGGGGCCUGUAAUUAUGUAUAUCUUAUCUAUGUUUUGGUUGGCUGGCCAUAGAUGCGUGCAUGGCAUCAAUGAGUCAGACUUGAAGACGCCCAUGGUAUGAAUGUUAAAAGUUGAAGUAGCGGCCAGAAAGCGGUCCUAGAAUGAAUGCUAAAAAUUUGAGCUUGUAGCAAUGGCCAGAAAGCGUCCCUAGAAUGAAUGCUAAAAAUGUGUUAGAUGUGGCCAGUGUACAUGACCUAGACUGAAUGUUUCUGGCUGUUAGAACCAAUGUGUCAACACUGUGUACAUAGUGAAGUUUUUAAUUUAAUUCUUGUGGUUAGUCACUGUUUUUUUACUUGACCCAAACACGUCAUUGUGAUAGAUGUUUAGCUCUUACAUGCCUGCGUUGUUCUGCACACAUUUUAUUUGCUUGCUCAUUUGCAUAAUGAUAUGUUGCUUAUUAUACAUCUUCAUAAUAUAUUCUAAUUUUAAUCAUGUUUUUUUAAUAGGUAACUAAGUCAAGCCAUGGUUUAAUGUUAGAGAACUAAAUAGGUUGAUGUAAGAGUUGCUCCCCCUGACAAAUCCCGUGUCCCAGAUUUUUGGCUGUGACAACUUUUUUAUCAAUGUGCUUAUCCUGUUUGUUCAUUUGCUCAGCUCACUACUGGACAAUCAUUGUUUGUUUACACACACACACUCAGCAAUGUUUUUCUCUCCCUUCCUCCCCCAUCAUUUGUUCCUGUGGUUUUUCUUUAAUGGCAGCAUCUGAGUAUUCAAUGCAUCCUCUAAUAAUUUUGUUCUGUCUAGUAAUCACUAGUUGGUUCUUGCCUAGAAUUCUGGUGUGCAGAUAGAUAUCCCAGGUCUAUAAGUCAGAUAGAUAUCCCAGGUCUGUAAGUCAGAUAGAUAUCCCAGGUCUAUAAGUCAGAUAGAUAUCCCAGGUCUGUAAGUCAGAUAGAUAUCCCAGGUCUGUAAGUCAGAUAUCCCAGGUCUGAAAGUCAGAUAUCCCAGGUCUGUAAGUCAGAUAGAUAUAUCCCAGGUCUGUAAGUCAGAUAUCCCAGGUCUGUAAGUCAGAUAGAUAUCCCAGGUCUGUAAGUCAGAUAGAUAUCCCAGGUCUGUAAGUCAGAUAGAUAUCCCAGGUCUGAAAGUCAGAUAUCCCAGGUCUGUAAGUCAGAUAUCCCAGGUCUGUAAGUCAGAUAGAUAUCCCAGGUCUGUAAGUCAGAUAGAUAUCCCAGGUCUGUAAGUCAGAUAUCCCAGGUCUGUAAGUCAGAUAGAUAUCCCAGGUCUGUAAGUCAGAUAGAUAUCCCAGGUCUGUAAGUCAGAUAUCCCAGGUCUGUAAGUCAGAUAUCCCAGGACUGUAAGUCAGAUAUCCCAGGUCUGUAAGUCAGAUAGAUAUCCCAGGUCUGUAAGUCUGAUAGAUAUCCCAGGUCUGUAAGUCAGAUAAAUAUCCCAGGACUGUAAGUCAGAUAGAUAUCCCAGGUCUGUAAGUCAGAUAGAUAUCCCAGGACUGUAAGUCAGAUAUCCCAGGUCUGUAAGUCAGAUAGAUAUCCCAGGUCUGUAAGUCAGAUAGAUAUCCCAGGUCUGUAAGUCAGAUAAAUAUCCCAGGACUGUAAGUGAUCCACAACAUCUUUGUCAUUGGAUUGAAAUAAAUAAUUUAAAAAUUUGAAGAGGCUAAUUCGAACACACCAUCUGCCCUCUUCUGAGUUAGUUCUUGGUUUUAUAGUAUAGUGUGUCAGUCAGUUUCUCUAGUGUGUCAGUCAGUUUCUCUAUUAUUUGUAGUGUGUCAAUCAGCCCUAAGUUUUAGUGUUAGGCAACUCCUACUGAUUGUCUAAUAGGGAGAUAUUCUUGUCAAUGUUUUUAGUGUUCAUGUUAUAUUAUCCAACUUUUUUUAAAUUGGCUUUUUGUUGUAGAAAAAGCUGGCAAAUGUUGGUUUGCCAGCUGGUACCAUGGAGAGAAUGUGUUCUAGAGUUGUAGGUGAGACUGUGUUUGAGAGACAACUUGCUGGAUUAAACUCAUGUUUUUUUAAA